AUCGCUGACGGAAUUGAAGGCGAAGCAAUUAACAUACUCUGGUCAAAUGAAGACAACUACUGUCAAGCUUAAGAGGAAAUCGUCAGCUUCUGCGCUCAAGAGUUUGCUCCAUCCACACAAGGAAGUCAAGAGGCAAAACGUUAAGUCAUCGAUACUCUGUCAAGCUGAGGAGCUUCGCUCUAGAUUAGCGGUUCAAUAUCCUAGCUUUAUAAAAACAAUGGUGAAGUCCCACGUUGCUAGCUGUUUUUGGAUGGGGCUUCCUCUUUCUUUUUGCAAGGCGAAUAUGCCACAAAAGGAUACUUUAUUUAACUUGGAAGUUGAAAAUGGUAAGCAGUACCAUGCAAAAUAUCUUGCUAGAAAGUCGGCAUUAAGUGGUGGGUGGAGAGGAUUUUCUAUAGCUGAAAAACUGGUAGAAGGUGAUGUCCUGGUAUUCCAACUAGUAAAGUCUACCAGAUUUAAGCUGUACAUACUUAGGAAAAGUAACCUGACCAAGAAUGAUAAAUCUCGUGUCAUACAAAGUCUCCCAACUGAAGUUACACGAAGUGGUCAAGAAGUGGGCACCCUUGAGCAUGCUAUUGAAACAAAUCGACCAUCUUCUCUGUCUGAAGGAGCUCAAGAUAAAGUCCAAGUGUUUCUCUCUGAAGAUGAUCCUUGUAUUAUUCAGCAGGCAGAUAAAAUAGAAAAAGAGAGAUCUGUAAAUCCUGGAAAUUCCGAACAUGUUUUGCUAUCUGAUUCCUUUGUUGUUGAUAGUGGUAUUGCAAGCUUUGAGGAGUUCCAAACAGUAAUUGAUGAUUUGCUGAAGAAAAAGUAUGACCUUCCUCAUGAUAUCAAGCAAAGCUAUUACCAACUUUGUUGCAGCCAGGACACAUUGCUUCAUAUCAAUCUCCUGAAAGGCAUUAAUCCUGUCUUGAUUGCUGGAAGCAUCAUUGAGACUGUCAAUGUUGCUGCUGUGAUAAAAAGCUGUAAGCUCCAUAACUUUAAGGAUGAAUUUUCUAUAUGGGAUGAAAAACUAAAGUCCCUCAAAAUUCUUGGGAUGAAAGUCGGAUUUUUGCGCAGUCAUCUAGACCGACUUCAAAGGAUUGCCUCUGACUCUGAGGCUGCCAAGAACAAGCAGCAAUAUCAGAACCUAUGUGCAGAGCAGGAUGUCUCUGAAAGUAAGAUUAAAGAUCUUGAAGCAAAACUUAGCGAGGUGCUUCGGGUUUUUGACAAGCGUUCUGGUGAUAUUGAGGAGCUGAAAUUGAAGAUUGAGAAUCACAAGUUCAGGUUUCAGAAACAGGUCAGUGUUCAAUGGUGGUGAUACUUUCUUAUCUCUUGUAUAUACUCGUACUAGUUAUAUAUACCUGUUAUGUCAUUAUGUGCAGUCAAUCUCCUUUUGUAUGUCUUGCAUAUGUAUAGCCAAGGCAAUUUUGCAUUUUGGUAACAUCAGUGCCUUGGUUUACCAAGGAAGCUUUUGUAAGUAGGGUCUCUAGGAUAUACGAAGCAUGUGCAAGAUAUUGGCUUAUUGUAUGAAAACAAAAUAGAACUAGCGGUUUAUAAGUGAUUUGAUAAUAAUAUUGCAAUACAGAAUACUAGAAUAGAUAACUAUGGAAUAGCUGAAAUUGGUUAAAUUACUUUGUCGUAAGGAACCUACAUAUUUGCAGUGGCUUAGCAUCUGUUAGCUUUUGGGGGAAUUUUUUAUUUGAACCUGUAGAACUCUUCAGUAACUGAAGUGGUACUUCUGGUUGAUCUGAGAUGUGUAAUAUAGUAUUUGGUUGAACGUAUUUGAGGUUAAAGAACUGCACUUGGCUGUAUACUAAGGGACUUUAUCUUGUAUUCUAGGAGUGUGAUCUCAUUCAAGCAUAGUUUCGACAGCAAACUUAAGAAGUCAAGAGACCGUGAGGGUAACAUGCUUCUGAGUAUUAUUAAGGUUUAUUUGACUAAACUAAUUAAAAAAAAUUCUAGUCUAAAUCCAUCAAGCUUUGCUGAAUGUAGAUCUAGUAAUAUUGACUCCUAUUAUACUCAAAACUGGGUUUUCCGAUUUGGACUGGUCGAAUUUGAUCUAGACCCAAAAUCUAACUACUACAAACCUGAUCAAUAUUUCUAAAUAAGACUUAUUUAGCUAUAGACUCGAGUUGAACUGUUGAAGAAUAAGGUUAGCUUAUAUUUUUGGACGUUUUCUGUGGUAGUUAUCAU